UUUUGAAUUUGCUAAAAAAUCCAAUCCCAUUUCGUAUUUUCUAUUAUUAAGUAUUUGUGAUUUUAAGUAGGUUAAUGUUUUUUGCACAUAACUUAGAAAUGGUCUAAGGACAUGGUUAAGUGAAAUGUUGUAAUUGUCUGAUAUCUGGAGUAAUUUAUGUAUAAAAAUGUUACCAAAUAAAUACUGCAACUUUGUCCAAGCAUCCACUUCCAACACGUCAGAGGCUGGAUCUCAUAAAGAAACUCCAUCAAUAAUAAACUCAAUAAGUGGCGAAGAAGCAAAACGGCUGUACAUUGAAGAGGUCAAAGAUCUGAAACAUCCAUAUGUUAGUGGUGUUGUUGAUGAAGAGUUUACACAGGACUUAAAUGUAAAUAAACAUAGCACCAAAAGAAGAAAAACUGAAACUCCUGUCAGCGACAAAGAACUGUUUCUUGCUACACAAAAUGAUGAUGUUGAUACAGUCAAGAAUGUUUUAGACAGUAACCCAGAAAAGCUUCACAUACUGGAUGAGUUUGGUUGGAGUUUGCUGAUGAUGGCCUGCCAAGGUAACUCUGUAAAUACGGUCAAGUUACUACUAACACUUGGAGCAGAUACUUCAAUUAGAGACAAGGCUGGCAACUCAGCACAAAACUUAGUCAUCAAGAACAAAAACCUUCAAAUAGCUGAAUUACUAUUGAGUGGUGUAACUAAUAGAAAUACAAAGCAAAAAGCAAAACAUAAAAGACCUGAGCAAAAAUUAGAAUAUGUUUGUGAAAUCUGUAACAAGGUUUAUGCUGAUAAGGACCUCCAUUUAUCUUCAACUAUACAUAACUUGAAUGCCAGUAAAAAUAAAAAGAUACCAACAGUCUACAAAAUACCAGAGACAAAUAAAGGCUUCCAGAUAAUGUUGAAAACUGGAUGGGACAAAGAUUCAGGACUUGGGUAUGAUGGAUCUGGCAUCAAGUACCCAAUCAAACCAGUGCCUAAGAAGGACAGAAAAGGUCUGGGACAUGACAAGACUAAGGAUAAAAAUGCAAAGGUUGAGGACAAGUCUGUAUGUAUAAAACCAAGAAGCUUAUAUGACUCGCAGAAGAAAAGUAGAGAUUUAGAAAUAAGGUUCAGGAGAGAAUUUUAUUGAAUGUGGUGCUGUGUGAUAUGAUAUUUAAUUCAUUUGUAAGUUUAUAAGCAACUAUUCCUUAUUUUGUGAAUUGAAUAUUAUAAAACAAAAUGUGGUAAAAUAUUCUUUUAAUAAAAUAAACAUUUACAAACUGU